AUGUCAGGCGUCGAGCUUGAGGGAAAAACAUUUUACAAAAUCUAUAAGGAGAAGUCGUCGGAGGGGCAUCAGUCAAUACCAUAUGUGGUGGUACUUUUGAGUGCAUUGUUGCAAUUGUACUAUGAAGUCCUGAAGGCUAAUGACACUAUGACCAUCAUCAUCAUCAACGCUAGUGGAAUCGUAAUUGAACUGGUUUAUCUUGUCCUCUUCUCGAUCUAUGCCUCCACCGAAGAGAAGGAAAUUUGUGUGAAUCACCAAUUUGCGCAGAUAUACACAGCAAAGUUGAUGCUGCUGUUCGAUAUAGGAGGUUUCGGAGUGACGAUGGCGCUGACCAUCUUGCUUCUCAAGGGUCAGCAUCGCGUCAAUGUCGUUGGAUGGAUCUAUGCGACCUUCAGUCUCAUGGCAUUCACAGUGCCUUUGAGCAUCAUGUGGAGGGUGAUAAAGACCAGAAGUGUGGAGUUCAUGUCGUUCACUACGUCCUUGCUCGUCACCCUCUCUGCCAUAACCUGGUUCUUCUAUGGCCUCGUUGUCAAGGACUUGAAUAUCGCUGUAAGUACCAUUUAGCUCUCUCAAUCAUUCAACUCUCUAAUGCUUUUCAUUGUGCAUGCAGCUUUGCAGCGAUUUCAUUUUUUAAGACACCUGGAUGCACCAGUAAAACUUGCACCGGGAAUGUUAAUAUUUUUUUUCUGCAUAGCCAUUACCGUAUAUUUCUCGUAAACCUGUUAAGUCGAGUUCUCGUAUUUCUUACUUCGACUGAACUGGGAAAAGGAUGAGACUUGACUCUGUCCCCUGGUCAAUUAUAACAUGAUUGACGCUAUCCAUCCAUCUGUCAUUGGAGUGUUUGCAUUACUUUUUUACUCAUGUUUUAACACAUACAAACACCUUCUCUC